AUGUUUAGUUUCAGAAAAGGUGAAAGCAAUAAUAGAAAUUAUACUAGUGAACAAUUCGAUCAUAUAAAAUUAAAAAUUUUUUUAAAACAGUUACCGACACCUGUAAUGCUAACAAAAAGUGGUAUUAGUCUAUUAGAUACGUUAUAUGAUCUGGAAUUAAAAUAUAGAGACACAGAUUCAAAUAAAUUCAAACAAUUAAUUGUCGCGAUAAAAGUUGAUUUAAUGAAUCUUUUGAGAGAGAAUUCUAAAGUUAACAAGAGAUGGUUUGAUGGGAAGCUAAAGGUCAAGGAUAUUAAAGAGCGUUGUAAAUGGAAGGCAUAUAAAGUGCUUUACAGUGGCUAUAAUCAAGGAGUAGACAAAGGUGACCAAUUUUUGAAUAUGAAAAAAAUGUACGUUUUGGAAAGAAAUGGUUUAGAAGGGGCUUGGAUCAUCCAUGGACGGCAUCGAGUUCGACGUAACGGUUUAUCGAUUAUAACCACAAAUGAUCUUAUGGAUGAAUUGAUGGCCAAAGAUAUAUUAAAGACGCCACCGUCAGUUGAGGAGGUUAUGGAAACGGUCAAUAAAUUUCGUAUGGGAACAUUAAACGAGGACAACUCUGUACGUCUCUCACUCAGCAGUAUAAGUGUUAUUUGGCCAGAUCUGUUUCAUGGUUUACACGCUGAUAAGAAAGAAGACUGUGUUAUCGAACCAGCCGGAAGAAAAAAUGAUCAAAUCUACGGAUGGCAUAAAGAAGGGAAGAAACGCGUUAUGGAACGAGAAGAAGAGGAAGAAGAGGAAGAGGAAUGA